GUCAAAUUUGAAGAAGACGAAUCAGUGCCAAAACAAAUCAAAUGCGCACACUCAGAACACGUCACAAGGCCUAAGCUGACUUUGGACAAUGCCUAAGGACACGGUGAUCCUUUGUUCAAGGUGAACUGAAACGUAUAACUAUAACUGUCAUCAGGUGUUUUAUGAUGGAGACUGACAGAAGCAAUAACGUCAUCAAUGUGUUUGUUACAUCCUGUGACAGAGAUUUCCAUACAGAGAGGCAUGUUGUCAUCAACGAGGUGAUGCCAGUUCUGAAAUCUUGGUGUCUUAGUCAUGGGAAAGAACUCAACUGUUACGAUAUAAGAUGGGGUGGAGGUCAGACGCCAGAUCAGGUGGAUAAUUUGAAGAAGAUUCUCGAACAGAUGAAGGUGCUUUAUUAUGAGAAGCAAAUGCCGUUCUUUCUCAAUGUUACAAGUGAUAUGUUGGAAAAGGUACCGUUAUGGGGAGACAGCGACGCCAGGAUGAACCAAUUCAAGAAGUUCAUCAAGUAUUUUCACCUGGAACCAGAAGAAGUUGAUAUUCUUUACAGUGCUUACAGAGAGGACAACCCAAAUGGUAUAUUACUGAUGAGGGAUGAUGGUUUCCAUGGAGACCUAGAUGAUGAUGUGAAAUCAUUGUUUAUCACUCAGGGACUUAUCCAGGAUAUCUUCCAUGAGACAUUACCUGGAUUCCUCAAAUCGAAAUACCCUGAUGACAGAAUAAUUCGGUACGGAUGUCAGUACUCUGGCGGUGGGAGAAGGAGACAACAUCAGUUGGUGACAAUGGAUGAAAACUUUACUUCGCAGCUACUGGAAUUGUUAAAGAAGAAAAUAGGUCUGGAGUUGGGGGCCGGGAGGCCUGUAGAGCCUUUUGAAAUUGUCAAUCUCAUGCAGAAAGAUUUCUUAAAAAUGAGAAGUCAGAUUGUGCGGGGUCGAGAAGACUCUGUCAAGCUGAUUGAAGACUACAUCUUUCAAGAAGAGAAGGAUGUUCCGUUGGUGAUCCUUGGGGAUUCUGGUGCUGGCAAAACAUCUCUUAUGUCAAAAGCUGCAGAGACAGUUCUGACCAAGGCUGCAAACUCUGAGCUCUCAAUGCGCGGCGACAAGCCUUGGCAGGUGUUCUAUCAUUUUGUUGGUGCUGUCCCUGGAUCAACCGAUCUUGAACAGUCUAUCAAACGGUUAAUUAAAGAAUUCAACAUUGUCCAACAGGAUUCUGCGAUGCCAAAGGACUUGACUGCUGUGUGUCAGAUGUGUUGUCAUUAUCUGUCUAAUCCUAAUUCUCCACCAACCAUCGUCUUCAUGGAUGCAAUCAACCAGUUUACUGUUGGCAAGGACGCCUCAGUGUUAAGCUGGUUGCCACGAAAAUUGGCCCCUCAAGUGCGCUGUGUUAUCUCAAUGAUGACUGAUUCAAAAGAGUUAGAGUACUUACAGGCGAGAGAAAGCAAGUCUCAGGAACUCCAUAUUCCAACGCUGUCGUUACAGGCUAGAAGGGAAAUUUCAUCAGAACUUCUAGAGAAAAACCAUAGGGACAUAACCUCAUCACAGAUGGAUCGUCUGCUUGAGAAACAGAGCGCCACCAAUCCGUUAUGGUUGGCUUUUGCAUGUGAGGAGCUCAGUUUGAUAGAGGAUCACAGUUCCAUCAAUAAUGACAUUGAUAAUCUGGAAGAAGGCCUUACAAAUUUAUUAGAAAUGGUUUUACAAAGAAAAGAGACAGAGCCAAAUGGUAACAUGGCAGUUGCAGUUCUUUGCCUGCUGGAGGUGUCAUCAUCUGGCUUGCUGCAGACGGAAUUAUGCACAAUUCUUAGCGAGGAUAAAACACUCAUGCCGCCAUCACCUUUCGACGAAAAAGAGGAAACAGAAAAAGCUGAAAAAGAGUCAAGUGAGAAGAAAGGCCAGAAGGAUCGAAUCCUCAGUGAAGAAAAAUGGUCUGCAGUGAACUCCACACUAAAGGCAUUCCUCAGACCAUAUGGAGAUAGCAGCGAAGGCAGGAUAGACUUCUUCCAUCGGGCAAUAAGUAAAGCAGUUAGAAAGAGGUACUUCAAUAUUGGUUCAUCCCUGAAUGACUCUGAAGAAGAGGGGCUGGUCACCAAGCUAUGGUGGCAUGGAAAACUCGCUGAAUAUUUUGAAAAGACUGAUAACCUAGAAAGAAAAGUUGAGGAGCUUCCAUAUCAACUGACCCAGAUCAAUGACCCUAUCCGUCUCUCAGAUUGUCUCACCGAUUGGAAUGUGUUCGAUAGUCUCUACAAUGAGGAAUACAGUGCUAAGCUUCUGCUCUACUGGAGACAGAUGGAAGAAGGCAACCUCGUGUCCAGUUAUCGUUUGAGUCUGUCGGAGCUAGAGGCGGAACAAGGUGGUGAUCAGGACCUAAUGGCACGCAGGCAUGAACACGUGGCAAGAGUAUUCCUGCAGGCUGGUCAGUAUGUCGAUGCAUUGGAAUUAGCAAACACGGCCAUGAAGCUGGAACAAGAAAUGGGCAAACGGCCAGAACGUAUGGUCGAACUUUACCUUCUCAUGUCAGAGAUCUAUGAUGCGAAAUUAAAACUGAAUGAUUUCGUGUCACCAGCUCAGUUACCAGAUCUUCGCAAAACAAUUUCAUUCUGUGAAAAAUCUAUAGCUUUACGGAGGAACUUGGAGGGGGAUUACCACAAGGCCAAACUAGCCAUAGGUUUGAUGAAGUUGGCAUUUAGUUUGGAGAGUUGGGAUGCAUGUGGGGCGGACUCAACACUCAACGGUGACGAGGCUCUAAAGCAAGGAAACAAGUACAUCGAGAGUGCCUUAGAAAUCUUUAAGGCUCUGAAUGACCAGGGUCACUAUGCAGAGGCACUGAUGACGAAGGGUGUUCUGGCUCCUAGGGGCAGCAUGGAGCAGUUGAAGCUUUACCACGAGGCGUUAGACAUUUGUAUGCAACUCUAUGGAGAGCGUCACAUCCUGAUGUCGAGACUGUACAUAAACAUUGGGAUUGUCUACGAAGACAACAAAAACUAUCUUAAAUCAUAUGAAUACUUCAAAAAAUGGGCUAGAGUCAGUGAAGAGGUGCUCGGACCGAACCAUCCAAAAACAUUGCGCGCAAAAGGUGUUCUAAACGAAACACGGUACAGAAUAAUUGCCCAACGGAUUGAAGAUUCUGGAAAUAACAUGGACGAUAAUAGUCUGCAGACUGAGGAGUUGCAGGAAUUGGGAUUAGAACAUUCUGGAGUGGAUUUAGAUAACACGGGGUUAGUCGCCCUGACACAAAUGAUGAGUCAGCACAAUUUCACAGACAAUAACCAUGAUGAUGAGGUGUUUUAUGAGACUUACGAAAUGGACGAUGAUGAUGACGAGGGUGAUGAUGAAAUCAAUGAGGGUGAUAUUGAUGAGGACGACCUCUUGAACUUGGUUGAUGAGAGUCACUAUCUUGUUGACUGGAAUGAGAUUGAGACGGACCUUGAACAUAUUGAUAGCAAUAUACCUGAUAAUGAAAACCCACAGCAACAUGAACCAUAAAUGAACUAGCAGUAUAACUUCUCUAAUUCAUUUAAUUGCUUUAUUGUCACAGAAUAAAGCCUUGAAUCUUGAAUAGAGAAGUAUCUGAACAUUUCCGGGUUUUAAGUUGAUAAGUGUUGAUAAUUUUUAAAGAAAACUUUCAAAAAGUUCCUUUUUUCCAGAGAGAUUAAAAAGGGAGUUCCACCUGUUACCUGAAUAGUUUUUACAUCGUAACAUUAUUUCUUACAAGUCAGCAUGUAUAGGUUAGUCUCGUCUCAUCUAUAGUUGAUGUGGGUUAUUUUGGUGCUUUGGGUAUUUUCAGUCAAUGCUUAUUCAAUCAAUUAGAAGAAAUAGGUCAGUAGAAUUUUCUGAUUUGUAAUCCACUGUGCAUAAAUACAUUGUGCAUGGAUGUGGAUAUAAAAUGACAAUGCAGUCAUUAUACAGGAAACAAAAGCUGAAUAGUUUCGUGUUUCUUCAAAAGUUGCUCUUGAUAUUCAAUAUCAGAAGGGUUUAUUUAUUUCUUGGUACAAAAUUUGUAUAUUCUUGAACAUGAGACCGCAUUCCUGUGAUAAAAAAGUAAAUCAUUAAAAUAGAUUCGAUGCUGUGAACCACUUUUCGAGGGUGUUUAUUUUUCCAGAUAAAGAGCUGUGUAUAUUUUGCAGUUUGCAACAGUUAGUGGCAUGCUGCUAGGGAUUGCUCCCAGUUGCUUCUGUGUUCUAUCAUAGAUAUUUGCCAAAAUACAAUGCCAACGUGGUUACCGGCGAGCACCAAAGCAAUGUCAGCAAGGUCACCUCCACAGUUCAUUGGGUUGGUAUUGAUUUAAUGUGAUUUGAUAUUAAAAAGCUUUGAACUUGACACCAACGUGGUGACAAUUUUUUAACAACCCAGCCCCAACAUGUAGCCUCUGAGUGUUUUGCUGGAGGAAGAAAAAUAAACGUGUUAAACCUUGUCAUUGUAUAUACCUUGUCCUUGACCUUUGCUUGUAAAUAUUGUUUUGGUCCAUUAAAUCAUGUCAAUAAUUUAUGUAAAAUACAGCAACAAUUCGACAACAGUUAUUUUAAAUGAAAUCAUUGAUGAUGUUUCUCGCAAGGAUGCCGCCAUUUCUGUGACUUUGCAUCAGCAGGGAAAACAGGGAAAAUAGUUACUGUCAGCCAGACAAAAAGCCGGGUGCCCGCCUGGUAGAGACAUCACUGAGUUGGCCUGUGUUGUGUACAAAUAAUUCCAUGCAUGAGUGGUAAUAUAAUUUUCAACCCUAAAAUAUCUUGUAAAUAUUGCUGUAAAUAAAUCUGGGUGAUGUCAGAUCAUUGAGAUAUGACAGGUGAUCAAUGUGCUGGAGACCUCUCUUUCUUACUCCAAUGGAGGCAUGCAAAAUAAAACAAAAAUGUUUGAUAAAUGA